GCAUCACAGGGAGACGGUUAGGCCUCUGGAUAACUGCGGGCGGGCCUGACUGAUGUCAGGCCCUCCACAAGAGGUGGAGGAGUAGAGUCUUCUCUAAACUCCCCCAGGGAAAGGGAGACUCCCUUUCCCGGUCAGCUAAGUAGCGGGUGUUUUCCUUGACACUGAGGCUACCGCUAGACCACCGUCCGCUCGGCAAGGGGCGUCUUCCCAGACGCUGGCGUUACCGCUAGACCAAGGAGCCCUUCUGGUGGCCCUGUCUGGGCAUAACAGAAGGCUCGCACUCUUGUCUUCUGGUCACUUCUCACUAUGUCCCCUCAGCUCCUAUCUCUGAUCGCCAUCGCCAUCAUUGCUUGUCGUUGACUUCGGAUUUGUUUUCGGACUCCUUGGAGGCAUCUGCAGGCUAAAAGGAGACAACAUACCUUUAAGAACUUCAUUGACUAUGUGAAUAGAGGGGGAAGACUCCCAUGGACGAUGUAAAGAAACUGGGGAGGAGCCCGUCCUGGCACUCCCAUUGGCCUGUAGAUUCACCUCCCCUGGGCAGGGCCCCAGGACCCAGGAUAAUAUCUGUGCCUCCUGCCCAGAACCCUCCAAGCAGACACAAUGGUAAGAAUGGUGCCUGUCCUGCUGUCUCUGCUGCUGCUUCUGGGUCCUGCUGUCCCCCAGGAGAACCAAGAUGGUCGUUACUCUCUGACCUAUAUCUACACUGGGCUGUCCAAGCAUGUUGAAGACGUCCCCGCGUUUCAGGCCCUUGGCUCACUCAAUGACCUCCAGUUCUUUAGAUACAACAGUAAAGACAGGAAGUCUCAGCCCAUGGGACUCUGGAGACAGGUGGAAGGAAUGGAGGAUUGGAAGCAGGACAGCCAACUUCAGAAGGCCAGGGAGGACAUCUUUAUGGAGACCCUGAAAGACAUCGUGGAGUAUUACAAUGACAGUAAUGGUUCUCACGUAUUGCAGGGAAGGUUUGGUUGUGAGAUCGAGAAUAACAGAAGCAGCGGAGCAUUCUGGAAAUAUUACUAUGAUGGAAAGGACUACAUUGAAUUCAACAAAGAAAUCCCAGCCUGGGUCCCCUUCGACCCAGCAGCCCAGAUUACCAAGCAGAAGUGGGAGGCAGAACCAGUCUACGUGCAGCGGGCCAAGGCUUACCUGGAGGAGGAGUGCCCUGCGACUCUGCGGAAAUACCUGAAAUACAGCAAAAAUAUCCUGGACCGGCAAGAUCCUCCCUCUGUGGUGGUCACCAGCCACCAGGCCCCAGGAGAAAAGAAGAAACUCAAGUGCCUGGCCUACGACUUCUACCCAGGGAAAAUUGAUGUGCACUGGACUCGGGCCGGCGAGGUGCAGGAGCCUGAGUUACGGGGAGAUGUUCUUCACAAUGGAAAUGGCACUUACCAGUCCUGGGUGGUGGUGGCAGUGCCCCCGCAGGACACAGCCCCCUACUCCUGCCACGUGCAGCACAGCAGCCUGGCCCAGCCCCUCGUGGUGCCCUGGGAGGCCAGGUAGGAAGCAAGGGUUGGAGGCACUGUGGGAUUUCAGCCCCAGUAGCUGCCCUUCCUGCCUGAUGUGGGAGCUGAACCACAGAAAUCACAGUCAAUGGAUCCAUAAGGCCUGAGGAGCAGUGUGGGGGGACAGAGAGGAGGUGGAUUUGGAGACCGAAGACUGGGAUGCCUGUCUUGAGUAGACUUGGACCCAAAAAAUCAUCUCACCUUGAGCCCACCCCUACCCCAUUGUUUAAUCUGUAGAAGCUAAUAAAUAAUCAUCCCUCCUUGCCUAGCAUAA